CAGGCCGCGGGUGCGGACCAGGCUGGGACGGCGACACUGGGGGCUGCAGAAGUGGGACGAGACUCCCUGGGGCUGGUCAAGGUUACGACUGUCCAGCAGCUGCUUAAAGCCGAGGCGCAAGGAAAAGUGCGGGCUUACCUCUUGAAAGCUGUUGUGAGGCUGCACUCAGAGCAUUGCCUGGUUCUGCCUGCUGCAUACCUGCUCACGUGGAGGAAUCACCAAGGUACUUUUUACACAGCAAAUUUUGGAAUCAUGAAUGUGAAUCCAAAUGAAUUUGGAACCAGUUUGGAAAGCACUGUGUGCAGCAGAGAGGAACAAGACAAUGCUAUCUUGAACAUGUACAUGGAGAGAAAAAGCCUUGUUCUACAAUUCCUGCAAUCUCACCUGAGCCCCCAGCUCCUUGAGCAUCAUCACAAGAAAGUUGAGCUUCUGAAGAAGUCUUACUACUAUAUUGAGGUUCUGCCCUCACGCAUAAUCCUGAGAGACCAGAACCAGGUAUUGAUUUCCACUGACAUCUUCCAAAUAAUUGACCCCUGGAGAUUGCAGAGGAUGAAGAGGGUCGCAAGAACCCAGACUGAAAUCCAGCUGGUACUUUUAACUGACCUGUUAGAACAGCUGCAACGAGGUCGGGAGGAGCUGGCCUGCUACGUAGAGACAAGCGACGUGGUAACUUUCCUCUCCAAGUGGGAAUCAGUUAUGCAGAAGCUGUCAGAUCUCUCUGAGCUGAUGAACAAAUUCCUUUCCCUGCAAGUCCCAGGAAAGCUCCACGCCAAGCACCGUUUGGUGUCACAUGCAGACAUCAAAGGUAACAGAAUCCCAAACAUCAAGCUUUCUCUCAGUACAAAGAUGCCAGUGAUGUUUGAUCGAAAAGAAUCAGUUGCUCGCGAGAACUGGGCCCAUCUCAAAUGGUUUACUGAAAAUCAGGAGUCACCCUUUGAGCAGUAUGAACUGCAUUUUAGGUUACUGAAGCAUGGAACUCAGACAGAAGUGGGACAAAGGGGGAUUCUGGAAGUCAGCUCUGACACAUGUGUAGUCUGUGAUCUGCUGCCUGACAGAUCAUACGAAUUCACAAUUAGAAGAGCAGAGACGUACACACUUGUCUAUGAAACAUGGCAUGACACCAUUACACUGAUGACAGUGAGCUCAGCUGAAGACAGCAGGACCUGUUAACCAGAAGAACAAGGUGGCAGAGAAAGUUUUCUCAUUUUUUCCAUUUGAAAAAGGUAAAUGAGAAAAAUAAAUAAAGGAAAAAAA